CUGUCAAUAAAAGAGUACGACUAAAUAGCCGGAUGCAUCAUUGGUUAAAAUAGCUUACAUCACAUCCUUCGGCCUCUUCUAUCGACGUCGUUGUGAGGAAAGCAUUGUGGUCGACAUGUCGUCUCACAAGACUUUCAGAAUUAAGCGCUUUCUGGCCAAAAAGCAGAAGCAAAACAGGCCCAUUCCUCAGUGGAUCAGAAUGAAGACCGGCAACAAAAUCAGGUACAACUCCAAGAGGAGACACUGGAGGAGGACUAAGCUGGGUCUGUAAACAUGACGUUCCGCAGAAUCCAUUCCAUCAAGACGACCUCCAGCUAACAGGAAGGAGAGGCUCAAUGUUGGUAGAGCCACAGUUGUUUUGUACACAGUCUGGUUCUACGUUCAUGUUUGAAAAUUAAAGAUCUGUGAUCAAACAAA